UCAAAGAGAAGCUUCUAAGAGGCAGUGAAUCUGAAAUUUAAAUACGAAUUCAAAUGGAGACCCUUUCCUCUGACAAUUCCGUGGAACUUCCCGCUCAAAUCGAAGUUAAUUCUCCGUCUCAACAAACGCCUGAAGAACCUAUCGAAUCAGGAAUAGAAGCGGUCCCAGAAGGAGCUGGCAAGGCACAGCACUCCCUGCUCACCCUCGAGUACUACCAGCAGUUUUUCAAGGUGGACACUUUUAUGGUCCUUCGAAGGAUCCGCAACUCGAUGAUACCCAAGCUAGCUUCAGGGAAUUAUCUGCGCAUGGACAUAGACCAGAAUCCAGAUCUAUAUGGGCCCUUCUGGUUAAGCAUUACCCUGAUCUUCUCUAUAGCCAUAAGCAGCAAUAUAGCCAGUUACAGGCAUUAUGCCGGCAAUGACUACCAUUGGCACUAUAACUUCCAACUGGUCUCCAAUGCAGCCACCUGUGUCUUUAUCUAUGCCAUAGUCUUGCCUGUUGUGCUUUGGGCUCUGUUUAAAGACAGUCUGAAGCCAGUGCUUUAUGAGGAGUUGGAUAGUGCCAGCUAUACGCCGACUCUUCUGUCGCUAAUAUGCAUUUAUGGCUAUAGUUUGGCUAUAUAUAUACCCGUUUCUAUACUCUGCGUGAUUGAGAUAGCCUUGAUUCAGUGGCUCCUGGUGAUCAUAGCGGCUUUGCUAACGGGAUUUGUAUUGAUUGAUGUUAUGAAGCCGGCUUUAAGGAACUCGAAGUAUGCGAUUUUUCUUAUUAUAGGUAUACUGAGUGUUCAAUUUAUACUAUCUGCUGGAUUUUUGAUGUAUUUUUACCAGGAUUCCUUGGUGACAGGUACCAGAUUCCUUCAACAGGUACCAUGUUAUCAGUCGCCUUUAAAGACCUCACCAAGGCAGUCUCUGGGAAUCAAAGAUUGAAGCAGAAGCAUGUGGAUUUGGGGCAAACAUUUUGCAAAUGUUUUCAUUAGCCAAACUUUGAUUACAUGCUAAGCUUCAGUUAGUCCCUCGUCCCUUCUCCUGCAUAA